CCCAGGCACUUGCAUGGUGGGGCUAUAAGUAUCUUGGAAAUACAACGUCACAUGCAUUUGAUCAUUGUAAUCCACAAGGAUGGCUUCUUCGGGUGACACGGGUUUCCUCGUCGUGUCCGAGAACCCGCCCAUUAAAAUCUUCUUCGAGGCUACAACAAGGCUUCCUCUGCCCCAAAACAAACCCAUCUUGGUCCUUUCCAACUCGCUCUCUGCCGCUACCUGGCUCUGGGACCAAUUCGUCGACACCUUCUCCCAAGACUACACCAUCAUUCGGUAUGACACCCGCUUUCAUGGUCAAUCCCCGUUAUCUGCGACACAAGACUUCGAUUACGAGGCGGGCCACACCCUUGAUGACCUCGCUGCGGAUGUGAUCCAGCUACUGGACUACCUCGGAAUCAACCAAGCCGAAGCAUUCAUCGGUCUGAGCAUUGGCGGUGGCAUCGGCGUCGUCCUAGCCGCAACACAUCCAGAACGCUUCCGUCACUUUCUCGUCGUUGGCAGCCGUGCCCACGCGACACCUGCGGAUGACAAGGUGUGGGAUGAACGAGUUGCUCUCGCGAGACAAAAAGGGGUCGCAGAACUAGCAAAGCAGAGCGUGGCCCGAUGGUUCAAUGACGAGUGGCGCGCGGCGCAUGCUGAGCUGGCCGCCGAUAUUACGGCCAAGGUUGGGGCUCAGCCGCUGGAGGGAUACCUCGCCAGCGUGGCCGCACUGCGGAAGCUAAACUUGUGGCCUCAUGCGGGAGUUAUCAGAGACUCCGGAAGCGGUGGAAAGGUGCUGUUUGUUGUUGGGGAUCAAGAUGCGGUCUCCGUCGUGGAAGAAACCAAGGCGCUUGCUGCGCAAACGGGAAGUUCAGUGGUGGUUAUCAAGGAUGCGGGACAUAUUGUCCAUAUUCAGCAACCUGGAAGAUUUAAUCAAGUAGUUAAGGAAGCGUUAGAAGGAAGUGUGGAAUAACUGCGUGGCAGGUUUGGACUUUGAACGGCGUCUGUGGAUGAAAAAGCCUCUACACACCUCUAAAUUGCCCGAGUCCUCAUUCGAUGUAGAUUCCGAGACUUCCAAAUAGGAUGGACUCAUUCAUCCUGCUUCCCCAGAUUUACCUUGGCAGCCUUCUUCUGAUCAUCCCAAGCCGUGUUCUGUUUACCCAGCCAGAUCUCUCUCGAUGCUUGAACCCCAUCUUCAAGCUCGGUAUACUUGCCAUCAGCCACAUAAAUCGACUUGCCAUGAUAUCCGGAAUGCAGUGCCAGGAAUGCAAUAGCCCGUGCUACGUCUAUGGGCUCAUUAACUGGCAGGCCAUUUUCUUCCCAUCUCUUUAUCACCUUGGUUGUAAACGGCGUCUUCGUAAACCACGGCGCAACAACAUUUGCUCGGAUCAAACCCUCCGCG